GCUGUCAUGUUUACAGAUUCCACACUUCACACCCAAAAAAGAAAAAAAAAAUGAUAAUCCGACCCCAAUCGCUACUCUUCCCUCAAGCCUGCCUGACCCCAUCUCCGAAACCCUUCAGAGACCCUAAUCUUCACACUAAAAAACCCUCCGGCUCUCUCGCACCACCAUUCUCCAAAACCCUCAUCGAACUUUCCCACCCUCCAAACACCUCCGACUCCGGCCUCCUUUUCCGCGAAAAGAUCAUCUACCUCGAGAACCACCUAAAUGUCAGUUCCAAGAAGGCCCUCCAACAAAACCCCAAUUUCCGAUCCAGUCCUCUCUCCUCCCUCAAAUCCAUCGAGCGUUGCCUCUGCUCCAUGGGCAUUGAGCGCUCCGCUCUCGGCCGCAUCCUUGACAUGCACCCCAAGCUCCUCACCUCUGAUCCCCAUUACGAUCUCUACCCGAUCUUCGAUUUCCUCCUCAACGAGGUUCGAAUCCCUUUCCAGGAUAUCCGGAAAACCAUCAUUCGGUGCCCGAGACUCUUGGUCUGCAGCGUAGACGAUCAAUUACGACCCACGUUCAGUUUCUUAACGAAUUUGGGGUUCGUAGGCCGCAAUUCGAUUACGUACCACACGGCAUUGCUUUUGGUUUCCAACGUGGAGGGUACCCUUUUGCCCAAGAUUGAGUAUUUGCAGAGCUUGGGGCUUUCUUAUGGAGAGGUUGUGAAUAUGGUCCUGAGGUCUCCUGGGUUGUUGACUUUUAGUAUCCAGAACAACUUUAAGCCCAAGGUGAAGUACUUCUUAGAGGAGAUGGAGGGGGAUAUUGCAGAGUUAAAAAGAUUUCCACAGUAUUUUUCGUUUAGCUUGGAGGGUAAGAUUAAGUGGAGGCAUAGGCUAUUGGUUGAGCAUGGGUUAUGGCUUCCAUUGUCAGAGAUGUUGAAGGUUAGUGACGGAGAGUUUAAUGCUCGUUUGGUUGAGAUGCAAUUGCAGUCGGUUCAGGACAGGUAGUUGUGUAAGGUUGUUUGGUCUUUGGAUAUUGUAUAUUCAAAUUGACAGUGAAAGAUAUAUGAAUUUUUUUUUUUUUUUUUUGGGUCUUAGCUAUUCAUUUUAUGACUUUAUUGGCGAACAAGCAAUACAGCUGUAAUUAAGUUACCAAACUAAUAAAUAAAUAAAUACAGUUAUAAUUGUUGCUGUAAA